UAGAGAAGAUCACACCUGACGUUCCACGACCAUGCUCAUGGUUUCGUGAAGACACGAUGCCUCAUACAAUAAGGUCAUUGAUAGAGCUGGUGGGAAAUAUCCUGGAUCUGAACGCCAUGGUCUUCAUUAACUUUGCUCUUGUAUUCAUCGCUCAGCGUGGACUCUUGCUUUGCAGCCAUGCCGAAAAGACAUGCGUGGGCCUCUUUAUCAUGGUACAACUACCUAUCUCCAGAGUCUGUUAGUUCUCAAUGCGAAUGUGUCUCAGUUCAUCUAUCUAUUUUCUGAGGUGUCCUCCCAGUGUGUGUUGCUCUUGGAGUACAUUGGUGUCAGUGGGAUGGAUUUGAGUAUAGUUGCGCUUCUAAACAAUAGUUAUAGGCGCGAUCUACCCAGCAGCAUAACCAUGUUUCUUUCAGGGCUGUUGGAAAUAAGAUUAGCAGUUUCUCGUCACUUGAAUAUGACUCCCAUGCCUUCUGCUUCUUGAUAUGGAAACCGAAAGAAGAAAUGGGUAGGGAAUGUCGAAGAUAUCCUCAUAGCUUGUUCAAAUACAGAAGACUACUAGUAACUACCGUGAACUGCAUUAC